AUGGACGCGCUCGUGACGACCUUCGACUAUAUAGGGCAGUCAUGGCUCGAUCUUACCAACAAUGGCUCGUCAACCUUCGCCCACGUCAUGCCUAUUUCUUUCACAUUUCUCCAGUCCUGCCUCUUCUUGUGGUCCAGCUUUGUUCACUGGACUAACUCCGUACCACUCAGGAGGGCGGAUGACUGCCCAGGGUACAAAGCCAGCAAUGUCCAACAGUCAGAUAGCGAGAUAACGGCGGAUCUUACCUUGGCUGGUUCGGGAUGCAACAUCUACGGGAACGAUCUCCAGGAGCUGAAGUUCGUAGCGGAGUACCAGACAGAUUCUCGCCUACAUGUAUCAAUAUACGAUAAGGAUGAGCAAGUCUAUCAGGUCCCCGACCUUGUCGUCCCCCGACCGACGGGCUCAGUCGGAUCCGACGCAUCUCAACUGGACGUUUCAAUAGAAGAGGAGCCAUUCUCGUUUACGGUAACGCGAAAGAGUAAUAAUGAGACUAUAUUCAGCACAAAGGGCUCCGUUCCCGUUUUCGAGGACCAAUACGUGCGGCUUCGCACUUCUUUACCUGACAAUCCAUCGCUCUAUGGACUCGGCGAACAUACGGACUCUUUGAGACUACCAACUUCGAACUAUAUCCGAACACUAUGGGCUCGGGAUGCAGGCGCUGUCCCGCAAAACUCGAAUUUGUACGGGACGCAUCCGGUGUACUACGAGCACAGGGCGGACUCCGGGAAUACGCAUGGCGUUCUUCUUCUCAACAGCAACGGAAUGGACAUUAAGAUAAACAAAGACAAUGGUCAGUACCUGGAAUACAACACUAUAGGCGGGAUCAUCGACUUGUAUUUCCUGGCCGGCCCCGCGCCUUUCGAUGUUUCACGAGAGUAUAGUGAGAUCACGAGCAAAGCCGCGAUGAUGCCGUACUGGGGCUUUGGAUUCCAUAACUGCAGAUUUGGAUACUCGAGUGCCGACGAAGUGGCUGCCGUGGUUGCAAACUACAGCGCCGCUAGCAUUCCUUUGGAGACCAUGUGGACUGAUAUCGACUACAUGGACCAGUAUAAGGUUUUCACUCUGGGAGCCACAUUUCCUCUCGACAAGAUGCGAAGCCUAGUGGAUAAUCUGCACAGCAAUGACCAACAUUACAUUGUAAUGGUUGACCCGGCCGUGGCUUAUCAGGACUACGAUGCCUUCAACAACGGCGUAGAAGCCGACAUCUUCUUAAAGAUGAACAAUGGAAGCAUCUACAAGGGUAGAGUCUGGCCCGGCGUGACCGCAUUUCCCGAUUGGUUCCACGAAAACGCCCAAGGGUAUUGGAAUAGCGAGUUUGAGAGCUUCUUCAAUCCGGACUCUGGCGUUGAUAUCGAUGCGUUAUGGAUUGACAUGAAUGAGCCGUCAAACUUCUGUGUGUGGCCUUGCACAGACCCGGAAUCAGAUGCGUCCGAAGACACAGACGUGGCGACCAACGUACAAGCUCGCAGGCUUUCUCCUCGCCAGGCUAGUGGUUCAAGGAUCGGACUUGGUGGACGAAACCUGACUUUCCCGAAAUACGCUAUCCACAAUACCUUCGACGUGUUGAGCAACAAGACGGCAAGGACCGAUCUAAUUCACCAAGGAGGCUAUGCAGAGUAUGAUACACAUAACUUGUAUGGCACGAUGAUGAGCAAAACGAGUCAGCAGGCUAUGCUCAGCAGGCGUCCAGGCAAGCGACCGAUGGUCAUCACUCGCAGCACUUUCGUCGGCGCUGGAAGCUACGUUGGUCACUGGCUAGGAGAUAACGUCUCGGCGUGGGACCAAUAUAUCACAUCCAUUCGGCAUCUUCUGCAAUUCGUCUCAUUUUUCCAGGUUCCAAUGGUCGGAGCUGACGUCUGCGGUUUCCUCGGAGAUACCACCGAGAAUCUCUGCGCCCGCUGGAUGGUCCUCGGAGCUUUCUACCCAUUCUAUAGGAACCACAAUGUCGCAGGCGCCAUUUCUCAGGAGGCAUAUAGAUGGGAAUCCGUGGCUGCCGCUGCCCGUAAAGCGAUCGAUCUGCGAUACAGGCUCUUAGACUACAUUUACACAGCCAUGCAUCAGCAGACCGUAGACGGGACUCCCAUGCUGGCUCCCCUGUGUAUCCCUAACCGUAGCUUCAGGAUGCAUUACCCCGACGACUCGGCAACCGCCGCCAUCGAGGCGCAAUUCUUCUACGGUCCCUCUCUCCUCGUCAGUCCUGUCACGCAGCAAGACUCGACCUCUGUAUCCUUCUACCUCCCCCAAGACACCUUCUACGACUUCUUCACACUCAAGAAAGUCUCCGGCUCCGGCUCCUCAAUCACAUACUCCAACGUUAGCACCAGCGACAUCCCUGUCCACAUCAAAGGCGGCUCCAUCAUCGCUGCGCGAGUUAACGGCGCGAACACGACAACCGCGCUACGCGACGUAGACUUCGAGCUGCUCCUUUGA